CAUCGACGACUCACUCCACCUCCUUCCCCAUCCCAACCCAACGAGAACGUCACGUCACCUCACCCCCUCUCCAUCCUCCGCCUCUCCCCUCUCCCUCUCCCGCCAUGGACGGCGUCCUCCAGGCCCUCGUCGUCGCCGUCGCCGCCUCCGCCGCCAUCCUCUUCCCCUGCCUCGCCAUCGCCUUCUUCUGCCGCCACCGCCACCGCCACCGCGUCGUCGUCAAGCCCCGCUGCCGCUGCCUGCAGCCGUUGUCGUCGGCGGCGACGCUCCCGGUCACCGCGCCGAGCAGCAGGUCGUGCGAGUGCGUCUCGUCGUGGUCGUUCUACGGCGGCGGCGGCGACGCCGGCGACCGCUCGCUCAAGAUGCUCUCGCUGGACGACCUCGCCGGCGCCACGGGCGGGUUCUCGCCGGACAACAUCAUCGGGGACGGGAGCUUCGGGUUCGUCUACCGCGCCGUGCUCCCCGACGGCGCCAGGGUCGCCGUCAAGCGCCUCUCCGCCGACCACGCCUCCGGCGGCGAGGGGAACCGCGAGUUCCGCGCCGAGCUGGAGGUGCUCGGCACGCUCAGCCACCCCAACCUGGCGCGCCUCCUCGGCUUCUGCGCCGCCGGCGCCGACCGCCUCCUCGUCUACGAGCUCCUCGAGCGCGGCAGCCUCGACGCGUGGCUGUACGGCGACGCCGCCGGCGCCGCCGGCCAGCUCCCCUGGCCGGCGCGCCUCCGCAUCGCCCGCGGCGUCGCGGCGGCGCUCGCGUUCCUGCACCACGGCAACGAGACGGCCAUCCUCCACCGCGACAUCAAGGCCAGCAAUGUCCUGCUCGACGAGGGCUUCGAGGCCAAGCUCGCCGACUUCGGCCUAGCCAGGAUCGCCGCCGGCGGCGCCGCCGAGUCACACCUCAGCACGCAGGCCGCCGGCACCGCCGGGUACAUGGCACCAGAGUUACGUGCUGGCGUAGGCACGAGCGUAAAGGCAGAUGUGUAUAGCUUCGGCGUGCUACUGAUGGAAAUGGUUACCGGCCGGCGACCAAGCUGGCCGGUGAAGAUCAACAUGAAAGGGAAAGAGGUAGAGAUGCUGAAAUGGGCUAGGGAUAAGGUAGACAAGGGCCAGGCAUUGGAGAUCCUGGACCGUCAGAUGGGGAUCCAAUGGGAAGGGAGAGAGGCUGACCAAGAUGAAAUGAUAGCGUAUUUGGAUGUGGCACGGCGUUGCACGGAGGAGAGCCCUAAGCACCGGCCAUCCAUGGAAGAAGUGGUUGAGAUGCUCAACAAGAUCUAAACCUGAUUGAGAGCACAUAGAUUGAAAUGCUUUAGAUAGCUGUAGCCAUGUGAAGUUCAAUCAAACUUCCGGUUAGAUUUUCUGUCUAGUUUGGGCUGAUUAUGAUGCAAGAUCAUACUUUGGAAUUGGGAAUUAAUUAUAAACCAUGGUGAGUAUGAAUGUUGAAGGGCAAACAUGCCAAUGCCUAUCGUUGUAUGGUAAUGUUUGUAACUUGGUGAUGAAAAGCUGAUGUAUACAUGGGUAGCGAAUAGCUUGCAGCAUUGCAAUAAUGUAUAAAUAUUGUGCGGAUUUUGUCAUCCGUUUAACUUGUUUGACUAAAAUUUGAAAAACCCCAUACAUAUAUACAUGUGGACAUUUCACAUUUGUAACA